AAAAGAGAAACAGAGGAACAGAAAGAACAGAAGGAGUGGGAAGUGUAUGAGGAAGCUGUGUCCGAAUAUAGACAAGGACGAUGGUUUGGAGACGGUGUUGGAAGUUCCGAUACCGGAGGAGAUGUUUUCCGGUAUGGGCAACAACGUUGCGCUUAGGUGGCAAAAUAUGAUGACGUGGAUGAAAGCUCAAACGUCUGAUAAAUGGUCGCAACCCCUUAUCGCCGCUCGUAUCAAUGAGCUCCGGUUUCUUCUCUACCUCGUUGGCUCGCCUCUUAUACCUCUCCAGGUUCAAGUCGGUCAUUCUGUUCAUAAGCCCGUCAAAGAUUGCUCCAUUCAAGCUUCAACGGCAAAAUACAUUGUACAGCAGUACAUAGCAGCGACGGGAGGACCAGCGGCGUUAAACGCCGUGAACAGCAUGUGUGUCACGGGACAAGUGAAGAUGACGGCGUCGGAGUUUCAUCAAGGAGAUGAAUCCGGCGUGAAUCUUAAGAGCAACGACGAAAUGGGUGGUUUCGUUUUGUGGCAAAAGGAUCCAGAUCUUUGGUGUUUGGAGCUCGUCGUCUCCGGUUGUAAAGUGAUAUGUGGAAGCAACGGUCGGCUUUCAUGGCGACAUUCCUCUAACCAGCAAACUCCGGCGUCUACCGGAACGCCAAGACCUCUCCGCCGGUUUUUACAGGGGUUAGAUCCUCGUUCGACGGCGAAUCUGUUUCUUGACGCAACGUGCAUCGGAGAGAAGAUAAUCAACGGUGAAGAUUGCUUUAUCUUGAAACUGGAGACGAGUCCGGCGGUUCGAGAAGCUCAAAGCGGUCCGAAUUUUGAGAUAAUUCAUCACACGAUUUGGGGAUAUUUCAGUCAAAGAUCGGGACUUUUAAUUCAAUUCGAAGAUUCGCGACUUUUGAGAAUGAGGACCAAGGAAGACGACGAUGUUUUCUGGGAGACUAGUGCUGAGUCGGUGAUGGAUGAUUACCGAUACGUUGACAAUGUGAACAUCGCUCACGGCGGGAAAACGUCGGUUACGGUUUUCCGCGACGGAGACUGUUCAGCUCGGUGGUUUCUCCCGCCGUUUGGGUUUUUCUUACCGGAAUUUCCUUCUCCUUCGAUGGUUAGUCUGCGCUCCAAAAAAAUCACUCCGGCUUCGGAAAUGGUCAGCGACGGGAAAACGGAGAAAGAUGCGUCUGGUGAUUCACCCACUUCUGUUCUCAACGAAGAGGAAAACUGUGAGGAGAAAAGUGUUACUGUUGUAGAGGAAGAGAUACUUCUAGCCAAAAAUGGAGAUUCAUCUCUUAUUUCUGAAGCCAUGGCUCAGGAGGAACAGCAGCUGCUCAAAAUUCGGGAAGAUGAAGAGAAAGCUAACAAUGCUGGAUCUGCUGUUGCUCCUGAUCUGAAUGAAUCUCAGUUUACUAAACUCGAUGAGCUCUUGACGCAAACUCAGCUCUACUCUGAGUUUCUCCUUGAGAAAAUGGAGGAUAUCACUAUUAAUGGGAUAGAAGGUGAGAGCCAGAAAGCUGAGCCCGAGAAGACUGGUCGUGGACGCAAAAGAAAGGCUGCUUCUCAGUACAACAAUACUAAGGCUAAGAGAGCGGUUGCUGCUAUGAUUUCAAGAUCUAAAGAAGAUGGUGACACCACCAACUCAGAUCUGACAGAGGAAGAAAGAGUCAUGAAAGAGCAGAGUGAACUAUGUCCUCUUCUCACUGGUGGACAGUUAAAGUCUUAUCAGCUUAAAGGUGUUAAAUGGCUAAUAUCAUUGUGGCAGAAUGGUUUGAAUGGAAUCUUAGCUGAUCAAAUGGGACUUGGAAAGACAAUUCAAACGAUUGGUUUCUUAUCACAUCUGAAAGGAAAUGGGUUGGAUGGUCCAUAUCUAGUCAUUGCUCCACUGUCUACACUUUCAAAUUGGUUCAAUGAGAUUGCUAGGUUCACACCUUCCAUCAAUGCAAUCAUCUACCAUGGGGAUAAAAAACAAAGGGAUGAGCUCAGGAGGAAGCACAUGCCCAAAACUGUUGGUCCGAAGUUCCCUAUAGUUAUUACUUCAUAUGAGGUUGCUAUGAAUGAUGCUAAAAGAAAUCUGCGGCACUAUCCAUGGAAAUAUGUUGUGAUUGAUGAGGGCCACAGGUUGAAAAACCACAAGUGUAAAUUGCUGAGGGAACUAAAACACUUGAAGAUGGAUAACAAACUUCUGCUGACAGGAACACCUCUGCAAAAUAAUUUGUCUGAGCUUUGGUCACUGUUGAAUUUUAUUCUGCCUGACAUCUUUACAUCGCAUGAUGAAUUUGAAUCAUGGUUUGAUUUUUCUGAAAAGAACAAGAACGAAGCAACCAAGGAAGAAGAAGAGAAAAGAAGAGCUCAAGUUGUUUCCAAACUUCAUGGUAUACUACGACCAUUCAUCCUUCGAAGAAUGAAAUGUGAUGUUGAGCUCUCGCUUCCGCGGAAAAAGGAGAUUAUAAUGUAUGCUACAAUGACUGAUCAUCAGAAAAAGUUCCAGGAUCAUCUCGUGAAUCACACGUUGGAAGCACAUCUUGGAGAGAAUGCUAUCCGAGGUCAAGGCUGGAAGGGAAAGCUUAACAACCUGAUGAUUCAACUUCGGAAGAACUGCAACCAUCCUGACCUUCUCCAGGGGCAAAUAGAUGGUUCAUAUCUCUACCCUCCUGUUGAAGAAAUUGUUGGACAGUGUGGUAAAUUCCGCUUAUUGGAGAGAUUACUUGUUAGGUUAUUUGCCAAUAAUCACAAAGUCCUAAUCUUCUCCCAGUGGACGAAACUUUUGGACAUUAUGGAUUACUAUUUUAGUGAGAAGGGGUUUGAGGUUUGCAGAAUCGACGGCCAAGUGAAGCUGGAUGAAAGGAGAAGACAGAUCAAAGAUUUCAGUGAUGAGAAGAGCAGCUGUAGUAUAUUUCUCCUCAGUACCAGAGCUGGAGGACUCGGAAUCAAUCUUACUGCUGCUGAUACAUGCAUCCUCUACGACAGUGACUGGAACCCUCAAAUGGAUUUGCAAGCCAUGGACAGGUGCCACAGAAUCGGGCAGACGAAACCUGUUCAUGUUUAUAGGCUUUCAACAGCUCAGUCGGUAGAGACCCGGGUUCUGAAACGAGCGUACAGUAAGCUCAAGCUGGAACAUGUGGUUAUUGGCAAAGGGCAGUUUCAUCAAGAACGUGCCAAGUCUUCAACGCCUCUAGAGGAAGAGGACAUACUGGCGUUGCUUAAGGAAGAUGAAACUGCUGAAGAUAAGCUGAUACAAACCGAUAUAAGUGAUGCGGAUCUUGACAGGUUGCUUGACCGGAGUGACCUGACAAUUACUGCACCGGGGGAGACACAAGCUGCUGAAGCUUUUCCAGUGAAGGGUCCAGGUUGGGAAGUGGUCCUGCCUAGUUCGGGAGGAAUGCUGUCUUCCCUGAACAGUUAGGACUCAUUAAAUCACGCAUUGAAAUCACUUCAGUGUGGCUUUUGUCUUUUUUUCCAGAACAUGACCGGUUACUUUUGGCUGGAAGGAUUUGAUUAUUAGAGGGCUCGGAAAUUUUUGUAAGUUAAAGAACUCACUUAAAACCCUGAAAACAUGAGAGUUAAAGGUGAUUAGCUCUCUAUGUGAUGAAAACAAUUGGCCCUCUGAUUUUGCAAUUGCGGUAAUAUUAUUACUCAAUGCUAGUGUUAUAUAGUCUUUGUAUUCUAAAAUUUGGCAUUAAGCUGUUUCUCAUGAACUUGUGGGAUGUUAUGUUUUGGAUUUGGGCUUUGUUAACUUAUGUGAUUAGGCUCAAUCGGUUCGUAGAAUAUAAAAAAACAUUGAGU